AGCAGGGGGUCUGUCUGGGCCGAUGCAGGUGGUGGACUCCCCUCUCCUCCGUCAGCAGGUGGAGACACAGAGACUGGGCAUCAAACACCUGAAGAACGAGAACAACAGACUCAAGGCAGAGAAGAUGAGAGCCCAGCUAGCCUCCCUCCCUCCCCUCCAUGUCCCCAAGCUUCCUCUGAGAGAGGCCUCCUCCUCUCCCCCCUGCUGAGGGGCCUCUCCACGGGGCUCUCUACAGGAAGACAGACCAGCUCCUGGGGACCCUGCUCAAGAUGAGCGCCGCCGUUAAGGUGGUCGACAUCACCGGGAAGACUCCAGUGAGUGCGAGUGCUCAGCUCCUGGACCAGACAGCUCGACUGCAGUCUCUGAGCAACGCUCUGGACAAACUGAAGGGUGAAGUGUCAGAGCAUGUGAUUUCUCAGCAUCCUGGGGCGAAGAUCUCCUCUGACUUUGCCACCUUCCCCAUUUCCUCCUUCGUCAAGGCGAAGGAGGAGAAGCAGGGGGGUACGGUGUUCGUAGGGCGCGUGGCCAUCCCAUGUGCCAAGGGCCAGGAGCAGGUGCACCGUCUCGUCCUAUCACAGCAGCACCUGCAGCAAGUGCACCGCCUCCUCAUGACCUAAGACGCCACCCCAUGUCCACAAGUGACAGCAAGCUCCUCCAAUCAGAGCACAGCAGAUGCAAAAAUAGUUUUUUCAGUUACAGGCCAUUUCCAAUUGUUCCUCAGAUUCUCUCAGGACACACGUUGUGACACUACAUCACCUGGUCAAAGGGAUUACACAUCUAUGCCAAAGAGACACACGUGUUCUUGUCAAGUAAUAAUACUUCAUACAGUAAUUCAGUUAUUCUCUACCAACACGUUCUACAUGAUUGUCAGAUGUCUUUUUUUAAAGCAGCUUUUGAGUAGUUUUUAGGUGACUCGACUCGUAAACGUUGCAUCUCUAGAGUUGAUUAAAAGUCUGACGGAGAAACAAACAAGCAAAAAUGAAUGCACACCGAGCGAGUUGAUGCAGCAGAAAUUGGUUAACCAUAGGGAAAUGGACAAAUGGCACAAUUAAUUAUUAAUGCAUUGCACUUUUUUUGUACUGUGGUGAUUAUUUUACGUAAUCUGCACAUACUGGUGUAUACCAGCAGUCAGGACCAAGCGAAUCCACCACUGAAAUAAAUAUGUGAUUCCCA